GAUGCUCUGGUGGUUUUCUGCUAGUCUAUUUUGUUUGGCCAAGGGUUGUGGAAUUACGAAAAGAUUUGUUGAGUAGAAUUUAUAUAUUAACUUUUGAGCAGCCCAAAAAAUGUCUGAAGAAAAUAAGGAAGUCAAACCAGAGUCAGAACAUAUCAAUCUCAAAGUCAUUGCCCAGGAUAAUACAGAAGUUCACUUCAAAAUUAAAAGAACAACUCAACUUAAAAAACUAAAGCAAGCAUUUUGUGAUCGACAGGGUGUGGCUCUUAAUUCGUUACGAUUUCUAUUUGAUGGGCAAAGGAUAAAUGAUGAUCAGACCCCAAAAGAUCUUGAAAUGGAAGACGAUGACGUUAUUGAAGUUUAUCAAGAACAAACUGGAGGCUUCAGCUGAACUAGGCGGUAAAAUAUAGGACUUAGAUCGCGACCAUUCCCUACACUGAGUGGAUAAUUAAUUUUUACUUUAAGUAUUUUAUUUCAUGAUAUGUACAGUUGUUGUAGACCAGUAGCAAGUGCUUGACAUAUUUGUUAUUAUGAGAAAUAUUGCGUUAUAAACUAGAUUAAGUAGUUUUCUCAAUCUGGUACGAAUCAACUUUACAGUAAAUCAGCGCACCACUGUACAGCUAAUCUAUAUAUUUUCAGCUUUUUUUCGUAUUUACGAUUCGUUUGCUCUAUCUCUCAUGAGGUGACUAUAUUGUUAAAGAACACAAAAUUUGCUCUGUAUUUGAGACUUGUGAAAUUUAAAUAGUUCGUCAGUAAUACAUAAAUAGAGAGUAAUAUUCCAUUGACGGUUCGUAUAAUAAAUGUUUCAUUAAAGCGUCGAGAGUA